AUGGAGAACCGACCCCCUGCCAAAGACUUCUCCUCUGAUGCCAUGGAGUAUCUACCCACCAUGGAACUCUUACGCAAGAGGUGGCCACAGACACUGCCCAUCAGAGCAAUCAAUAUAAAUCUAUACAAUGUAGACAUAUGGGUGGUUCUGCUCCCCACCAAUGCACACUCACAGAGGUCUUGGAUUGACGACACCUUCUGCAAGAGAGAGUGUAUUAAAUUCAUCCCAGCAUGUCGAGACAUACACAGAUUUUCAGGACUGUGUCAAGUAUGCCAAAACCUAAUAAGAUGCUGCUGCGGACGUCUGGUAGGGGAGCACACCUGGCUGGAGACUGGCCCCUUCAUGUCCCGCUGGCCUGGGCCCCAGGCAGUGCAAGAAGAGAGGUGGUCAGUGGAGUGUCACACACAAGCCAGUGCCACCGAUGCCUAUGGAACCAUUGACUUCCAGGACAGCGCUGAACGUAACUGCCAUGCCAAGUACGUUCGUGUUGCGGUCGACACAAAGGCUGAGACUCUGCUGCAGCUGAUGCUGAGGGAGUGGCAGAUGGAACGGCCUAAACUACUGCUGACGGUCCACGGGGGGGCAGAGAACUUCCCUCUCCCCCUCAAGGUUAGACAGGCCUUCAGCAAAGGCCUGAUCACCGCAGCUCAGAGCACUGGAGCCUGGAUAAUCACAGACGGCAUCAACACAGGUGUGUCCCUGUAUGUAGGGGAGGCUGUGAAAGCAUACGGCACCAAUGGCCACCGGAAGAGGAACACUGUAGGGGUCACGCCCUGGGGCGUAAUUGACAACCACUGUGACCUUAUAGGGAGAGAUGUGCUCAGGCCUUACCAGCCCCUGAGAAGCCCCUUGAGCAAAACGGUGUGUUUGAACAGCCUGCACUCCCACUUCCUGUUAGUGGACGAUGGAACUCUGGGAAAACAUGGCUGCCAGCUGGGACUCAGGAGGAAGCUGGAGAGACACAUUCAACUGCAGAAGAUCCAUCCUAGGGUUAACCAGGGUGUGCCAGUGGUGUGUGUGGUGGUGGAGGGUGACCCUGACAUUGUGUCCAUGGUGCUGGACUAUGUGAGCAGUGUGCCCCCCGUGCCUGUGUUCGUCUUCGAGGGAUCAGGCCGGGCGGCUGACUUGCUGGCAUUCUUACACAAACAGACCGCAAUGGAUAGGCAGCUGGACACAGACAUCAAGGAGGACUUCCUUCUGAGGAUAGGGGGCAUGUUUGGUCUGGAGAGAGCAGACGUCAACCAGCUCUACAACCUUCUGAUGGAGUGUAUGGACUACAAACAGUCUAUCACAAUCUUCGACUCAGAAUCCGAAGGUCAACAGGAGGCAGACUGUGCCAUUUUGAUGGCCACACUGAAAGGUACCAAGUCAUCUCCAGCGGAGCAGCUCAGUACGGCUCUGGCUUGGGACAGAGCAGACGUGGCUAACAAACACAUCCAAGUGUACGGCCAGUACUGGCAGGUUGGCUCGUUGGAGCAGGCCAUGCUGGAUGCUCUCAUCAUGGACCGGGUUGGCUUUGUCAAACUGUUGAUCGACAACGGUAUGACCAUGAACCACUUCCUGACCGUUUCACGUCUGGAAGAGCUCUAUAACACGCAACAGGGACCAACAGACAAUUUCCUCCAUCACCUUGUGGAAGAUGUGAAACAGAACCAUAUACCCAAAGGAUACAGAGUCUCCCUCAUAGACGUGGGGCAGGUGAUUGAGUAUCUGAUAGGAGGAGCCUACCGGAGCACAUACACACGGAAACACUUCCGGGCCUACUAUAACCGCUUACAUGCCCACUGCAUGGACACUGGACUGGACAGGAUAGUUCAGGACCCCGGACCAAACAGGGAAGCCUGCACCCUUCACCCACCCCAAAGCCCUAACAACAGUCCGUCAAGCCCACCUGUCUUCCACACUGCUCAGCCCUACAAACGCAAGGAGAGAUCCAUGGUCCCCAGGGGCCCGAAGGAAGCCCAGCAGCAGAGCUCCAAGCUAGGCGACUCUUCUCUGGUUGUGUUCAACUUCAACGACCUGUUUGUGUGGGCCGUGCUGCAGAGGCGCCAGCAGAUGGCGCUGUUCCUGUGGCAGCACGGGGAGGAGGCCAUGGUCCGGGCUACGGUGGCUUGUAAGCUGUACCGCGCCAUGGCCCACGAGGCUCAGCAAAACAACAUGGAUGACACCACAGCGGAGAAACUCAAAACCUACUCGCUGGACUUUGGUCAACUGGCUGUAGACGUGCUGGACAAUGCCUUCAGGCAGAACGAGCGCAUGGCCAUGAAGUUGCUGACCUCGGAGAUGGAGGCCUGGAGCCACUUCACCUGCCUGCAGAUGGCCGUGUCCUCCCGGCUCCGCCCCUUCAUCUCCCACUCCUGCACCCAGAUGCUGCUCACCGACGUGUGGACCGGCCGCCUCAACAUGAGGAAGAACUCCUGGUUCAAAAUCAUCCUGAGCAUCCUCAUGCCCCCUGCCAUCCUGCUACUAGACUUUAAGAGCCAGGCGGAUAUGUCCCAUGUGCCCCAGUCCCAGGAGGCUUUGCAGUUUAUUUGGGACACGGGGAGACCAGAGGCAGCCCAGGAGGAGGGGCAUACAGAGGGCCAGGAUGUGGAGAAGGGGUCAGCAUGCUGGGAGAGGAUCUCAGACCCCGAAGCUGACACAGUCUUACCCGUUACCACGCCGUGUCUCUUCUGGACCAGGAGGCUGUACGAGUUCUACAACGCUCCUGUCGUCAAGUUCAUGUUCCACACGAUGUCCUACCUGGCCUUUCUCAUGCUGUUCUCCUACACUGUUCUGGUGAAGAUGGAGGAUCGGCCCAGCACUCAGGAGUGGAUGGUCAUUGCCUAUAUUGUAUCCACUGCGGUGGAGAAAAUAAGAGAGGUGUUCAUGUCGGAGCCGAGGAAGCCCAGUCAGAAGCUGAAGGUAUGGUUCGGAGAGUACUGGAACGUGUCUGACUUCCUGGCCAUCCUCCUCUUCCUGGUGGGGCUGGCACUGCGCUGGCACAGCGGGUCCUACCGGACAGCAGGGCGGAUCACCUACUGCCUGGACAUAAUCUUCUGGUAUGUUCGGAUGCUGGACCUGCUAGCGGUCAACCAGCACGCUGGACACUACCUCACCAUGAUCACCAAGAUGACCAGUAACAUGUUUUACAUUGUGGUCAUGAUGGCCAUCGUGCUGCUGAGUUUCGGGGUGUCCAGGAAGGCCAUCUUGUCUCCAGACGAAGCUCCUUCAUGGACCCUGCUCAGAGAUGUGGUCAACCAGCCAUACUGGAUGAUGUUUGGAGAAGGGUACCCCGAUGAAAUAGACGCCUGUGCAGAAGGCAAGCCGUGUGCCCCCGGGGCUUUCCUCCACCCUUUCCUCCAGGCCGUCUACCUCUUCUUCCAGUACCUCAUCAUGGUCAAUGUCCUCCUUGCCCUUCUCAACAAUGUCUACUUUAAAAUGAAGUUCGCGUCCAAAAAGCUGUGGAUGUACAACCGUUACCGUUACAUCAUGACCUAUCAGGAGAAGCCGUGGCUGCCCCCGCCCCUCGUCAGCCUGAUUCACAUGACCCUGUGUGUGACCGCCAUUUACCGGAAACACAGGGGCUUGUCUGAGAAGGAGAGGGACUCCUGUCGGCUUAAGCUUUACCUGGGCCGAGAGGAGCUGAAGAGGCUUCAUGAGUUUGAGGAUAGGUGUGUGAUAGCGUAUUUCCACAAGAAAAAACAAGAUGUUCUCUGCAGCCAGAUCCACAGGAUCCGAGCCACUGCAGAAAGGGCUGAGGAGAUGGGUGUAGUUAUUGGUGAGGUGUCUGAAAGGGUCAAUUUCAUCCAGGACAGCCUGCAGGUGCUGGACAGCCAGCUGGCCCAGCUGCAGGUCCUGUCCGCCCUGGCCGUGGACACCCUCACCCUACUGUCAGCCUCUGACAGCCUGCAGCAGAAGGAAGCCCACCUGGAACACUGCCGGCCAAUUGCCCACUCCCAUCACCACUCACCCAACAGCUGUACCCUCCCCCACAUUGACAUCACGCCCUGCCACACACCCAAGGCCUACCGCAGCACCCCACCCUCCCUGCUGUGGGAACACACCUCCCGCAGCCACCGUCCGCCACUGGAGUGGCACCCGGGAACAUGGGGGGACGGUGGCUGUGAGGGGUGGGGGGCUGGCGAGACGAAAGAGGAAGAGGAGUCAUGCGGGCCAUCCCACUGUGGCUCUCGUCUGCACCCCUGGACCUGGGCUGUAGAGGGUUCUCUGGAACCCCCCCACUGCAAACCCUGGGCCUACUGCGACCCUGAGAUGUGCAUGGAGGAGGACGAAGAGGGGGAGGUUGGGCAGCCCUUUGAUGUGGAUGUGUCGAGGGCCUUUAGCCAUGACUUUCUGUUGUUGGACCCCCAGUUCGAGAGAGGCUGUGGGGCCAUGGGUUUGGUGAACCCUUCCUUCUGUAAGGAUGACGACCCUGGGGCAGCAAGCUCCAGACUGGGCCAGUGGGGCAGGAAGUGUCCUCGUCGGUGGACAUGUCUGUCCAGGGACCAGCCGCACAGACACAGCCGCUCUCCUUCCUCUAGCAUGGAGAACAUGGCUCUAUCUAAUCCCUCCCUGAGGCCACUACAAGCCUCUUUCCCCGCCCUCGACUGCCUAUCAGGGGAGCGGAGCUUCACAGCUGACAUACCCCUUGGCUGCAGUAAAAGCAGAGAGUGGUCCAAGUCAUCUGACCUGGCGAUGACCUCAGGGAGCAGAGAGAGGUGUCAGGCCGGGAAGACAGUCAAGAUUUUGGAGGGGAGUUCUUCAGAUGCUGUGAAACAGGUGGACUCUUACCUCUCUGACGUGUGCAGGAAGAGGCGGCACAUGGGAGGAGAGCCUGUAUGCUGGUCUGCAUCUGCUAGCCUCAACAAGUUCAAUUUUGAACCCCUGGAUUCUUUGCAGAAAGAACAUUUUUCACAUCAGCAAGACUCCAGUCAGUCCGUGUGGACCAGCUGGGCCUGCUCUUCGUCUGCAUGGAGUAGUGUGCAGGGUGGGAUCGCACCUGAAGACCUGGACCCACACUACUCAGCCAUGGAAAAGAACAACCUGAUGAGGCUUGCUCACACCAUACCUUUCACACCUGUCUCCAUAAUGGCAGGAGAGGAGGUGAGUGUCUACUCCCUGGAGGAGGUGGAAGCUGCAGGUGCGGAGUCCUCCGUAAUCUCCUGGUCGCCCCGGGGGUUGUCUGCAGUGCUGCAGCCGCUGUCCAGCGAGGGCUGUCUAGAUGGGGCGCUGCGCAGGGCCAUGCGCGUGUUGUGUACCUGGGCCGAGGGGGACGUCCUGAGUGUGGGCUGUGUGUACGUGGUCAAAGCCUUCCAGCCCAAGGUGAUCCGCACCUGGCAGAGGGUCUUCCACAGCGACACCCCCCUCCAACUCUGUCUGCGGGAGAUACAGCAACAGCGAGCUGCUCAGAAACUCAUGCAUGUGUUCAACCAAGUCAAAUCAGAAAACGUGCCCCUUUCUCCCAGGUUCCUGGAUGUGUCUCUUCUUCACUGUCACUCAGACGGACAAUGGUUGACCAUAGAGAGGAACAUGUUGGGUGACUUCAGGAAGUACAACAAUAACAGCGGAGAGGAGAUCGCCCCCUGCUGUGGAAUGGAGGAAACGCUCCUGGCCUUCUCCCACUGGACCUACCAAUACUCCUGUAGAGAACUACUGGUGCUGGACAUACAGGGAGUGGAGUCGGAGCUUACAGACCCAUCAGUUAUCCGAGCGGACGACAAAAGCUUGACUGGUGACAUGGUGUUUGGUCCUGCUAACCUGGGAGACACUGCCAUCCAGAGCUUUGUACUCAAACACACCUGCAACUCCUGCUGCAAGAACCUCGGACUCUCAGAUUUGAAGAGGAGCACGGACAGCUGCGGGAAAACAGAACACAGAUCUUCUGAAGAGGAAAGUGGAGUGAUCGUGACCAGAGUGUAACCUCUGACUUGAAAGCAGAAGUACGCCAUCCUAACCUCUGGUUCAAGUGGGAUGAAGUUGCCAUUAAAGCAUAAAGACACUGAUCAGUUUAGUUUUUAUCUCCCUAAAUGGUUAUGGAUAGGAUUUGGGAAGGCUUACUUGAUCCAGGGUUGUGCUUAAGGGAAACUUCUACCACGAAUCAAAGCACUCACUUGUGGCUUUGAAUGGAUAGUGUACAACUUCAUAUGGACUACCUCUUGUGUUAGAUGGCUGCUAGGGCUUUGGUUUUAAAAAUGGUUAACAUUGCACUAGUCUCAACAGCAAGCCAGAUGCCGUAGUCUUGCAUUCGUUCCACCUAUGGAGUGUAUAGUGGAGGGAGGCCAAGGCGAAUAUAUUUUAUGUACAUACACUCCCCUCCGUAUUUAUUUAGACAGUGAAGUGAAAUUUGGCCCUAUACUCCAGCAUUUUGGAUUUGAGAUCAAAUGGUUCAUACGAGGCGACAGUUCAGAAUGUCACCUUUUAUUUGAGGGUAUUUUCAUACCGUUUAGAAAUGUUUUAUAGUUUAGAAAUGAAAGCACUUUAUGUAUCUAGUCCCCCAUUUGAAGUUGUCAUAAGUAUUUGGACAAAUACACUUAGUGUAUUAAUGUAGUCAAAAGUUGGUAUUUGGUCCCAUAAUCCUAGCACGCAACGACUAUCAAGCUUGUGACUCAACAGGAAACCGUCUUUAGAGACACUGACCAAAUCACUCUGGCUGGACUCAAGGAUGUUAUUCUUUAUGAAAUUAUAACAAAACUUGACCUAAAAAAAUACUAUUUGUUUAUCAGACAUUGCACAUUAAAGCUUCAAUAUGGGAUUUGUUUUUCAGCAAAACAGUCCCUCUCAAAUGUUUUCAAACACUCAUAUUUAAAUAUUUUUUAGCAAUGCUGAACGCUAAAAUGUGUUCUUAUGCUGCUUAUGUUCAAACUGGUUACAUGAAAAAAACAAUUAUUCUCAUCGAGCAUUGACAUAACUGGGCUGACGCAUGGCUUAUGGCUUACAUUCAGAAUUAAAAUACAAGAAUAACUCAAUCUGA